UGAGAGAAGCACUUCACUCUUGAAACAACAACCACUACUAUCACACACACAACUCGAAGUAAGCUAGUAUCCAACGCCAUGGACUCGCAGAAAACGACCCUCGACGUGGAGAAUGGAAGCAAAGUGCUCUUAAGAGACACUCAACACAGAACUCGUGUAAAUGUGAUGUGUGCCAUCUCGCUGCUUGGUCUUGCGCUGGUCGGCACGCUGCUGUUUGCCGGACUUCACAAUAGGGGGCGCUCUACUGGUGCCGACUCUCAGAAUGACGAACUUCUGAGAGUCAAGGACGAAUUAGGGGAGAAUGCUUUUCAGGUGCGAACACUGAAACAAAUGGCGAGCAAGCCCAGCAAAGCAGCCGUGCAUUUAAUAGCGGACGUUACAGAAGACGAAAGCGAAGUGACCUGGCUGAAUGACGUGGACCAAGCGUUUUCAAACGGGAUUGCUAAUACCAAAGACAAGAUUGUGGUGCCGAGGACCGGGCUGUACUUCGUGUACUCGCAGGUGUCGUUCAAGGGACAGUGUAAGGGGCAACCCGUCUAUCUCUCGCACACAAUCGAGAGACUUGCCGUGUCCUACCCUGAAAAACGCAAUCUCCUGAGCGCCUCAAAGACCGCGUGCAUAGAGACGCACAGGUCCUCGAAGGACAUCUGGUAUAAGUCCAUCUACCAAGGAGCCGUCUUUAAGAUGGAAAAGGGUGACAUACUGUCCACCAAAACUGGAGGGGUUGACAAACUUGUAGUUGAUGGGGGAAACUCUUUCUUUGGAGUUUUUGAGCUCUGAAAGAAGUGUAUUUUUCCUUAUUUGAAGACCAUUUUUAUAAAUGAUUGCAAAAGGUACACGAACGUGGCGGGGAUGAAAUAUAAAAUAGCUCUUUCCAAAAUCGACUGUAAACGGCUGUAAUAUUGCACGCACUGUAUAUAAGUUAUAUUUCUACACAUGUGGUAUUUAUACUAUUUAUUAAUUUUUUUAAUUUAAUUUAUUUGUGUUAUUUAUUAAUGCCAGGUCUUUUUUUAAGGUUUGUGCAUGAAUGUAUAUUUGUUCUGUAGCUGUGCAAGUCAGUGCAGAAUACUGUUACUUACUGUACAUCAGCAUGGAUAUUGAGCUGUGUAUUUAAUAAUGUAUAAUACAGCAUGCAAACACAACCCCAUUCAAUCGGGUUACAGUAUAUAUGCAUGCCUGUAUAUUUAUUUAAUAUUUAUUUACUGUGUUGGCUUAAUUGUGCUAUGGAAUGCUAUCAGAGGCUUAGAUUUAAUUUUCUAUGCACAUGAUCACUGGUCCCUCUUAUAUAGUGCUGAAUAUAUAUAUAUAUAGAAUAAAUGUGAGGGCGCCUAGCUCCUUCCUGUGCUGUAGGUCAAUGCUAUUUUAAGAAAAAUUAUUUCAAGCCCUGGUUAGCACUCAAGAACAAACACUAAAAUGCUCUACUGCAUCUUGUGUUAAAAAAAAACAAAGUAUGAAAAACAUGUGUUACACUGUUUAUAAUUAAGUUUUGUAAGCUAUAUAAGUACAUAGAAAACACUGUUCUUGCCUAAUACAUGCUGGAUGUGUAUUACAUAGCUGUAUUUAUUUAUUUUCUAAUGCCUAUCUGUUUGAUAUGUAUGUAU